AUUUCUGACUAUAGCUGCCCGUGUCCCUCAGUCUCAGUCUCAGUGUGAGUGUGAGUGUGUGUCAGCGGGUCUCUUUGUUGACCUCACAGGAUUUACCUGAUCUGGACCUUUCAGCCGUUUCUUUAUCAUUUCAAAGCAGGUUGUGUGUCUUUCUCCGUGUGCACACACACACACACACACACGCCGCUGCUGUCACUCUGAGAUCACAUCAUCUGGCUGACACCUGUGUGACCCUCAUCCACCCCCUGCACACACACACACACACACACCUCCUGCUGUCCAGCCAUGGCAUUGUCUUCACGAUUAAAACUGUGGGAGCAGAAGAUCAAAGAGGAGAAGAAGCCGGUGGCCGAAGCAGUGGCUCCUCCUCCUCCUCCGCUGUCAGCAGUGCCGGGCGGCUUCCUCAAACAGCUGGUCAGAGAGUCGGAGAAGGAGACCAAGCACAAAGAACCAGAGGUCAAAGAGGACAGAGCUCCGAGCAAACUGAGCGACAACCUCGUGCAGCAGUUCCUCAACCCGGAUCAGACUCCUCCCAUCUUGGAGGCUGAGAUGGCCCUCAGAGCUGAACUUUUCACCGGCAACAGCAGGCAAGAAAAUAACUCUGCACCAUCGGAUGGCAGGUCCUCUUCCCACAGGUUCAUCUUCACUGACGGCACGCAGCAAGCCAGGGAGGAAGUGAUGCUGGCGCUUCCAAAGCAGCAGGACAGGAAGUCAGAGGAGAAGAAGAACAGGAAGAUGCCACAGGCUGAGCACAAGGAGAGGACAGAGGAGGUGAAGAAGGUGAAGAAAGAGGUGGUGGAGGAGGUAGAGGAGAGGCAGGAGCCAGAGGGACGGCAAGCAGACGCGGCUGUAACAGAACAUCAGAGAGAGGUGAGGGACGUGUGGUAUGAAGCUGGAACUGUGUGGUGUGUCCAAAAAGACGGAUUCACCCUGGCCACUCAGUUGAAGCCAGAUGAAGGCACACCUGAACUCCCAGAAGGCCGAGUGAGGGUCCGUCUGCGGACAGACGAGUCAUUGCAUGACGUGUCACAGUAUGAAAUAGAGAAGUGUAACCCCUCAGAGCUGGACCUGUGUGAGGACCUGAGUGACCUGCACAGUGUGAACGAGUGUGGCGUUCUCCACACACUCAUCACUCGAGCUAAAGUCAACAUGCCACUCACACAUGCUGGACCCAACCUGGUCAACUUCUGGCCUCCGCUGCAAGCUCAUAGCAAGACCCCAAAGUCUCGGCGAGGAGAGUCAGUGUGGGACGCUCCUCCUGCUCUGGCUGCGUUGGUCAAACGAGUGUACGUGUCCAUGGUGGGCACCCGCAGGGACCACAGUGUGUGCGCGCUGGGACGCAGUGGGACUGGCAAGACUACGGCAUGCCACGCCUUCACUCAUGCUCUCCUCAGACAGGCCGGUACAACUGGAGAGAACAUCAGUGUGGAGCGUGUGCAGGCCAUGUUCACCGUCAUGAGGUCGUUUGGCUGCGUGAGCUCGCAGCACAGUGACGCUUCAUCACGAUUUGCCAUGGUCUUCUCACUGGACUUUAAUCAUGCUGGACAGGCCGCUGCUGGACACCUGCAGACCAUGAUGCUGGAUAAAUGGCGAGUGUGUCAGAAAACUGCAGGAGAGAGCAACUUCCUGGUCUUCUCUCAGAUGCUGGCAGGACUCAGCACAGAGAUGAGGACAGAACUGCAGCUGCACCAGCUCCCAGAAGUCAACUCGUUCUGCAUUGUAAAUCCCACCAAGGUGGAGGAGAAACAGCGGGCGUCCGUUGCCUUCACUAAGCUGCUAACUGCCAUGGAAACACUGGGCUUCACAGCCAGCGAGCAGAAAGCCAUAUGGCACGUUCUGGCUGCUAUUUAUCACCUGGGAGCUGCCGGGGCCUGCAGAGUGGGCAGGAGACAGUUUGUGAAUUUCGACAGCGCUCAGACUGCCAGCAGCGUUCUGGGAUGUGAAGGAGAAGACCUGCACACAGCUGUGUUCAAGCAUCACCUUCGCCAGCUGCUGCAGAGAGCAACCACUGGGGGCAGCAGAGAGAAGAGCCCUGCUGAGGAUGAAGGUCCCAGGUUGACGGCUCUUCAGUGUGUUGAAGGAAUGGCUGCAGGGCUCUAUGAGGAACUGUUCACUGCUAUAGUCUCACUCGUCAACAGGGCUCUGAGCGGUCAGCAGCUGACAUUAGCCUCCGUGAUGGUGGUGGACACACCGGGCACGAGGAACCCGCGACACUCGGCAGAGGAACGAGCUGCCGGCUGGUCUGAGUUCUGCCACAACUACCUGCAGGAGAGGCUGCUGCAGCAAUACCACACACACACCUUUAGACACACUCUGGAGAGAUACACACAGGAGCAGAUCCCUGUGGAUUUUGAGUGUCCAGAGACUAGUCCUGCUGAGGUGGUGUCGUCCAUCGAUCAGGCUCCUCCACAGGUUCGGGCAGCAGAUGGAGACCCCAGAGGUCUGUUAUGGGUUCUGGAUGAGGAGAUGGUGACCCCUGCCUCCAGUGAGAACAGAGCCUUGGAGAGAGUCAGCCAGUAUUACAGCAAUUCUGUGCGUCAGUGUGAGCAGCCACUGCAGUGUGAGGUGAACCACAUGAUGGGCUGUGACCCGGUUCGCUACGACCUCACUGGAUGGUUUGGUCUGAUCCAGAACAAUCCAUCUGCUCUCAAUGCCAUCUGUUUGCUGCAAAACUCCACCAUUGGCGUGGUGAAAGCCAUGUUUACACCCCGAAUCUCCGUGCCCCCUCUGUGUCGGGGUUUGGGGGGGUUGGAGGGCGGCAGUCAGCGCUCUCUGCAGAGGAAUGGCAUGAUUCGAAAGACAUUCAGCGGGGGAAUGGCAGCCAUACGCAGGCACUCCCAGUGCAUAGCAGUCAAACUACAGGCAGAUGCUCUACUUAACCUGAUUCGUCGAGCUCGCCCAGUGUUCCUGCAGUGUGUCAGCGCAAAGGCAGACAGUGGGAAUUUUGAUGUGGCGUCUCUGAGAGUCCAGCUGCACUCCACACACAUCCUGCAGGCCCUGCAGCUCUAUCGCACAGGUUUUCCAGACCACAUGACUCUGAGUGACUUCCGCUGUCAUUUCCAGGCCUUGUCUCCUCCAAUUAUGAAACGUUACGCGUCGAUGUUUGUCAGUCAUGACGAGAGAAAGGCCGUGGAGGAGUUGCUGGUUGAGUUGGAUCUGGAUAAAAAGGGCAUCGUCGUCGGGGCCAGCAGGGUGUUCAUGAAGCGAGGUGUGCUGCGUUUUCUGGAGGAGCAGAGGGACCAGCAGGUCACCAGCUGGUUGUUGUAUCUGCAGGCCUCCUGCAACGGACACUUGGCCCGUCAGAGGUACCGCAAACUCAAGGUGCAGCAGAUGGCCAUCAGCUGUCUGCAGAGGAACCUGCGGGCUCUAAGGGGUGUGGCCAAGUGGAGCUGGUGGAAACUUUUCUGUCGAGUUCGUCCUAUGCUCGAUGUCAACAUGGACAACGAGAGGCUCAGGAUCAAAGAGGACGAGGUUUCAGGUCUGAGGCGACGGCUGGAGAAAUCAGAGAAAGAGAGGAACGAGCUGAGGCAGACUGCAGACGUCCUGGAGACCAAGGUUACAGCCGUGACAUCUGAGCUAAGUGAUGAGCGUUUCCGUGGUGAUGCAGUGGGACAGGCUCUGGACGUGGAGAGAGCAGAGAGACUUAGACUCAGCCGGGAGAACAGAGACCUGCAGGCUCGUUUAGACCAGUGUAAAGUCACCAUGGAAACACUGGAGAAGCAGCUGGAGGAGGAGAAACAGAGAGCGAAGACGGCCGAGAGUCACCGAGCAGCAGGGACAGACAGUGAGCUGUCCAUGCAGCUGGAGUGCUGCCAGACCGAGGUCGAGUUUGUCCGCAGACGUCUCAAGCAGAUGGAGGAAAAACUGGAGACGGAGAGACAGACGCGACAACAGCUCGACACCAAGGUGGCGACGCUGCAGGCCCAGCUGGAACAGUCCAGGAGGAGCACGACAGAGCUGAAGCGUCAUUGUCGCCGGGUGACCUCUGACCUUCAGGACGCACGAGUCCUCGCCGACAGCCUGCAGAGCCGCAUGCAUGAGCUGGAGCGCAAACAGAGGAGGUUUGACAGCGAGUUGACUCAGGCUCUGGAGGAAGCUGAUAAUGAGCGAGAGCAAAAGGACAAAGCCUUCCAGGAAAACGCGUCUCUGGGGUCUGAGAUAUACACUCUGCGCCGCAACCUGCAGGAGAGCCAGUCGGAGGUGUCUCGCCUGCAGAAGCAGAAGGAGGAGCUGUGCGCCCAGAUCCGGGACCUCAGCCUGCCCGUGGAUCUGGCCUCGGAGUCGCUCCCUGACCUCAAGAAACAGCUCAGACUCCUGGAGGGCCAGGCCAGUGAGAGGGCGGAGGAGGUCACCCAGCUCUCCGCCAAGAUACAGCAGCAGCACCAGAUCCACAUGAGGUUUGAGGUGGAGAUGGAGAGGAUGAAGCAGAUCCAUCAGAAGGAGCUGGAAGACAAAGACGAGGAGUUAGAGGAUGUGCACAAGUCGUCUCAGAGGCGGCUGAGGCAGCUGGAGAUGCAGUUAGAGCAGGAGUAUGAAGAGAAGCAGAUGGUGAUUCAUGAGAAGCACGACUUGGAGGGACUCAUUGCAACUCUGUGCGACCAGGUGGGACACAGAGACUUUGACGUGGAGAAGAAACUGAGGCGAGACCUGAAGAGGACUCACGCUCUGCUCGCCGACGCCCAGCUGCUCCUUGCCACUGUUGACAGCUCGGGACAGAAUGUGCCCAACGGCAGUAAGGAGCAGAUAGAGCGCCUACACUGUCAGCUGGAGGAGAGUGAAGCGAGGCGUCUCGAGGCUGAGAGCAUUCAGGAGGCCCUCUCCCAGGGGCUGGAGAACACUCAGAUUGAACUGGAAAACAUCUGCAAACAGAGGAGUGUGGUGGAUGAGCAGUUAGCCCUACUGCAGCAUGAGAAGGUGGACCUCCUGAAGAGGCUGGAGGAGGACCAGGAGGACCUCAACGAACUCAUGAAGAAGCACAAAGCGCUCAUUGCACAGUCCUCCAAUGACAUCUCUCAGAUCAGAGAGCUGCAAGCCGAACUGGAGGAGAUGAAGAGACAUAGACACUCUCUGCAGGAAGAGCUCCAGCAGUCGGUGUCAAGGGUGCAGUUCCUGGAGUCCUCCACUGUGGGGCGUAGCAUUGUCAGUAAACAAGAGGCACGUGUCUGUGACCUGGAAAAUAAACUGGAGUUUCAGAGAGGCCAGGUCAAGAGAUUUGAGGUGCUGGUGUUGCGUUUAAGGGACAGCGUGGUUCGCCUGGGGGAGGAGCUGGAGCAGAGCGCCCGGGCUGAGGCUCGGGAGAGAGAGAACGCUCGCUACUACCAGCAGCGCCUGCAGGACAUGAGGCUGGAGAUGGAUGAGCUGACCCAGAGAGAGCAAGACAGCAGCCGCAGACGCAUGGAGCUGGAAAUGCAGGUGGAGGAGCUGACUGCUGUCAGGCAGACAUUACAGGCCGACCUCGAGACGUCCAUCCGCCGCAUCGUGGAUCUGCAGGCUGCCCUGGAGGAGGUGGAGUCGAGCGACGAGAGUGACAGUGAAAGCGUUCAAACUGCUGUGGAUUCCCUCACUCCAAAGAAAGACCUCGACUCUGUGUCCAGUGUUGGAACCGAGGAUGUCGGAGAGGGCAUUCGUCACUGGUUGGGAGUUCCAAGGGGAGGUGCCCGGGGCGGCGGCUCUCCCUACAGCAGCCGCCACUCUCUUGCCGACACCAUGAGCACCUACAGCUUCCGUUCUUGUGUGGAUCCUGUAGACGAAGGUUCUGAGGCUGGAGGACAAGGUUCCAGAGGUCUCGGCCGAGCCCCGUCCUCCUCCGCCCUUUCUGAACUGCUGGAUGGACUUCGAAAGCGCAGAACCGGUGCUGAGAAAGGAGACGGAGCAGGCAGCGCCGUCUCCUUACCGAUAUAUCAAACAACCGGAGCCGCCGCUCUAAGACGGAGAACUUCAGCCCUCUCACUCAGUCCAGAUGAUGUCCAGGAGCCCAGACCUGGACCCAGCAUCCUCAAACCCCCGUCCCCUCUCCUGCCACGUGCUGCCAGCACUCGCUCCAUCACCGACUCUCAUACAGCUGUCGGUAACUCCACAGCUGCAGCCAAACUCUCUCGCUUCAACUCCAGUGAUUCGCUCUGUUCCCUUCCCUCGUUGCCUCGCCUCUCCUCACUGGCUUCCUCUCUCUCCGCUCGCCAUCCCCCUCCCUCCCUAUCCAUCCCAGAGGAGGACCCUGAGGAGCCCCGCCGCUCUGUGACGACCCCCGUCAAGCGCUCCCCACAGCCACUGAGGCGGUGCAUGCUGGAGAGUCUGGCGACAGAAGAUGGCGGCGAAGCCUCUCUGGGUUCAGAACCCAUGGUCUUCCAAAACCGACGUCUGACCGGGGAUGACGGCGACGCGGCGUCCGACAUCUUGCCCGCCAUCCGGAGAGCUCAGUCCACCAGCAGCCUGGCUGGGUCUGUCAGAGGUGGCAGGAGAACGCUGAGCGUCCACUUUGGAGAGCUGCCCCCCUCGACGCGCAGCAGGAAAGGCUCUGAAACCGAGUCCUCCAGCUCAGGUGGAUCAGGAGGAAGCUCCCAGACCGGCUGGACAAGGCAACGGCUUCAGAGGCCAGAGGGAGAGAGACUGGAGGCAGAAGGUAGUGAGGGCGGAGAUGUGGCAUCAGUCAUGAAGAGGUACCUGAAGAAGGAGAUUGACUGAAGUCGAUGAGCUCACGUGUCAGCGUCUUUGUGUCCACAUUCGACAGUGAGCUUCACACAAGGACAGAAGGACAGAAGGACAAUGUCAGGAGCUGCUGCAAUCAAGACUGAAGGGAAUACUUCAAGGAUGUUUCUUUUGACUCCGUGUCAACGUUGAAUCCAGCUGAAAAUACACAUGUUCACUCCACAUGCACUCAAUCACCGGUGUUUUCAGACAAUCACUGUUAAUGAAGAAUAAUAAUAAUAAAAAAAACAAGAACGUUU